GCUGCUUCUUUUCCGUUCUUGUUAUUGCACCAGUUUUUAUCCGUUGAAGAAUCUUCUCGACUGGUCAUUCUCCUCGGCUUCUUGCCUUUAUUCUCAUUGCUUCCUGCACUUCGUUGCUUUUCUCGUCGUUCAUCCUCCGUCUGCCUUUUCAACCCCUCCUCUUUCUGUUGGUGGCGCAAAGAUGAAGCUCACCUUCAAGGAUUUGAAACAACAAAAGUUCACCAUCGAUGCUGAGCCAUCGGAGACGGUCGGACAAGUCAAGGAGAAGAUUUCUACUGAGAAAGGAUGGGAGGUUCCUCAGCUGAAGCUCAUCUACUCCGGAAAGAUUCUUCAAGAUGACAAGACCAUCGAAUCAUAUACUAUCGAGGAAAAGGGUUUCAUAGUGUGCAUGGUAUCUAAGCCUAAGACCGCUCCUUCCUCCUCCGCCGCUUCUUCUCAAGCACCAUCAACCCCUGCGAGAGCACCUGCUUCAACGCCAGCUGCACCAGCUGCACCAGCUGCUCCCGCGCCAUCGGCAGCCACCUCGACCCCGGCCGUCCCUACGACUCCUUCUCCUGCUGGAGCCCCCCCGGCGCCAGCCGAUACCCCCGCGCUCAAUGACCCGUCUGCCUUGCUCAGCGGUUCGCAGAGUGAACCUGUUAUUGCUCAGAUGGAGAGUAUGGGUUUCGCUAGAGAAGACAUUACUCGUGCAAUGAGAGCCGCCUUUUUCAAUCCUGAUCGUGCGAUUGAAUAUCUGUUGAGCGGCAUCCCAGAAAACAUUGAAGAGGAACAACAACAAUCCGCUGCGGCUGCCCGUGCCGCCCAGGAACCUGCCGGUGAAACCCCCUCCGCCCCCGCUGCCCCUUCUGGCGAAGACGAGCCUGUCAACCUGUUUGAAGCCGCAGCCCAGGCUGGUAACGAAGGCACACGUGGGUCGCGUGCCGCUGGUGCUGGUGCUGGUGCUGGGGGCGAAGCGCUUCCAAACCUCGAUUUCCUUCGUAACAACCCUCAUUUCCAACAAUUGCGUCAGCUUGUUCAACAGCAGCCUCAGAUGCUCGAGCCCAUUCUUCAGCAGGUUGCCGCUGGUAACCCUCAGAUCGCGCAACUCAUUGGCCAAAAUGAAGAGCAAUUCCUCCAGCUGUUGAGCGAAGACGGUGAUGACGUGCUUCCUCCUGGUACACAGACGAUCAGUGUUACGGAGGAGGAGAGAGAUGCUAUUGAGCGCCUUUGCCGUCUUGGCUUCUCGCGGGAUCUGGUUAUCCAAGCCUACUUUGCUUGCGACAAAAACGAAGAGCUUGCUGCAAACUAUUUGUUCGAGAACCCCGACGACCCCGACGAUCUAUAAAUUCCUCAUCUCUUGACGAGGAAGUUGUUGACAAACUUUCCGUUCUUUUCUUUUCCUCUCUCCGUAACGACUACCUUUCAUGUAUGAUUCCGGAUCCAAUGCCUUUUAUUUCUUUUUUAUGGCUGUCCUGUUUAUUGGGCCACGGCACAGCUUGGCGUCUUCGAAAUCCCACAUUCGAUGAGUUGACUAGCGUGUGUUUUCUGCUACUACUAUUUAGCCCAAUAUGUAGUGUUGAUUCCAAUAUGUUUAAUUCUCUAUCACUGGCUGUC